AUCGGCUUUCCGGAAACCCCCGAGUCAUGUUCGCUCGUUUUCGGCUCCGUGUAGUCAUGGUACGUAAACAAGGUCAAGCAUUCGCUGCAGUAUAACUCUACACAUACUUUAUCUCUGUCGACAUCAAUUCAUCUAGCGGAACAGCACAUCUCUAACAGGAAGCCAAGAUGAUGCAGUGUCUUCAGUUUCUGGUUGAACCAACUAAGAAUGUUACCAUGAAGUUUAAGGAGUUUCGCAAAAAGUCAAAAAAUGAGAAGCAAGAACCUCUGGAUGACAGCCAGGAGUUCAUUGUGAGCCUUGCUAAGGAUCUGGCCAGAGUCUGUCAGAGGUCGGAGGUGCUGGAGCAUAUCUCCAGAUGUGAGGAUGUUUGGCCCGUUCUCACCUGCAAGGCCGUCAUUCUGGAGUGGGCAUCUGUGUUAGAGAGCAAGAAGAGACCGAUGCAGACGGAUGGAUGGCCAGAGAAAAGCGACUGGAAGGAUUUGGCUCUGAGCAGUGAGCAGGAUAUGGAGAGUGCCAAAAGAGUCAUUUGCACCUGGAUCAAAGACCUGAGGGCUCAACCUGAGCAAAGUGUCUGGCCUGGAGAGCAGGUGGUGUUGGUUUUGGAUGAUUUUGAGAAUCACUGGAGAAGAGGCCAUAUGGUCACUUUACAGUCAGCUAUGGAGCUGGUGUUCUGGACCCUUCUCAACAAAGAAAUAGACAAGGAGAACAUUCCCCAAAAGUGGCUUAUGUGGAAACAGAGGAGCCAAAAAAUUGGUGCCACCCCCUACAUUCCUCACAAAGUUUGGAACUGGAUCUGUGAUCCCGGAGUGUUGGUGACUCUAGACCUGGACACGGCCAACCCUGACCUGCUGAUCGCUGAGAAUAAGAGGCGCAUGCGCUGCGGUUUCGAACGUAAAGACGUGCCCAACUAUCAUCAGCGCUUCGACGGUUGGUGGUGCGCGGUCGGAACGGAAGGUUUCAGCUCCGGUCGCCAUUACUGGCAGGUUGACGUCGGAGAAAUGGACUGGCGUAUCGGUGUGGCCAAGGAGUCGGCCUUGCGUAAGGGUUUUAAGUCCCUGAACAGCGACACCGGCUACCUCACCCUGCGUUUGGAGCGAGGCACCGAGCUGAAGGCCUUGACCGUCCCCUUCACCUCCCUGCCUGCCGACUCCAUUCCCCGAAAGAUUGGCAUCCACUUGGAUUUCGAUGAGGGUCAGCUGUCCUUUUAUGACGUGGAGCGCCGCUCUCACAUCUACACCUACAAUGAGUCGUUCGACGGUAAACUCUUCCCGCUCUUCGGGACGGUGGACAUCGUGAAAGACCUGGUGAUCCUGUCACCUGAAGGCAGGGCCAACUGCGUGUGUCCCAGCAUGUGUCUGUGGGUUGAGACCCCCGGUUUAUAAACAAUAGGGGUGUUUAAUCUUCACACCAGUUGUUCUCAAUUGGUAGGGUUGCAUAUAGCAGACACACAGUGAUUAAUAGUAGCAUGCGUUGACAAUAUUAGUGAUGGAUAUUGAUUGUCAGCAAGUCCACUUUCUUGUGCUCUCUCCAACUUUUGUUAAUAUACGAAUAUGUCUUAAGUCAACACAGCUUAUUGGUAUAGAAAAUAUAACUUAGAUUACAUCAAAAACAAGUUCACUAAAAUACUGUAUGAGUCUAAAAACGAAACCAGUUGAGAGCUACUGCUUUACGCCUCUCAUUAGCAUUAAAUAAAACACUGGAUCAUGUUAGUUGGAGUCAUGAUUAAUAACUUCAUUAAAGUAGUGUGAGAUCUAUUUCGGCUACUGUUAUUGUACUGCUGCUGCACUUUAUUAAUGUAGUGUGUUCAAACUUUCAUAUUCAUCUGACAAUCUUAAAUCCUGUCAUGAAAAUGCACUUUAUGCAAAUAAAUGUCAAUUCAAAUUCA